CCUGAGCUGGUGCUUGUGCUUGGUCAGAACACGGCGAGCAGCGAUACGAGCAGCAGGUAACAUCGGCGCGCGCGCGAGACUGAGUGUGACUCGUCGGCCAAGUGGCUGGACGACUGUCCAGGAGGGACGCAAAGAACCGCAGUGCUGUGUUAGUGCCAUGAGCCGCUGAGAGCUGAAGUUGGUCAUCUCCUCCAAAAUUGGUCGGUGCGCGGCUGUAAAAAUGGCAAACAACAAUAACACAGCGAAGACCUCGGUGGUGCGAAUGGAAAAUGACGACUCUCUGCAACUCAUGUUCGACCUGGUGCUCAAGCCCAACUCGCAGCGGCCGCUGCAGGUGCCCCUGCGCAUGAGGAAACUGCCCGACUCGUUUUUCAAGCCGCCCGGCAAGGGCUCCAAGUCCGGCUCCGGCACCAACAUCUCGCACAGCCGCGAGAACAGUUCCGACUCGACCUUCGGCGCCGGCAACACCAACGUCAACUCGCCUUCCGCCACCGUCUCCGCGUCCGCCGGCUCGCCGCAGCAGCAGCAACAGCAGCAGUUGGCGCCGCAAGCGGCGCCGCCGCCGCCGCUGCAGAUCAGCCAUCCCAGGGCGCACAGCUCGCCGGCGUCGCUGCAGCAGACGUACGCCUCGGCGCACCAACAGGUGCCGACCGCCAGCGCUGCCGCCCACCACCAUCGACAGCGCAGUUUCGACGUCCUCGGGGACAGCGGACCUGACCCCCUAGGACCCCUGCCUCCCGGCUGGGAGCAGGCCCGCACGGCAGAGGGACAAAUCUACUUCUUAAACCACCACUCACGUACCACGACCUGGGAGGAUCCACGCAAGACCCUGGCCGCACAGACCCUGGCCGCGCAGGCAGCCCAGCAGCAGGCGGUGCAGCAGCAACAGGCUUCGAGAGAGCUCCUCGGGGCCACGCCGCCACAUCCUGCUCCAUCCCCUCAACCUCAAGCAGUCAUCGUCGGCGAGUCAAGCAACAGCCGCGGCGGGGUGCUCGCCCCCGGCCGCCUCCAGCAGCAACAGCGGCAAGCGCCGGCAGCCGCCGCCGCCGCCUCCGUGUCGUCGUCGCCGUCGCCAGCGGUCGCGGCGGCCGCCGCCGGCGACCUGGGCCCUCUUCCCGAGGGCUGGGAACAGGCCACCACCCCCGAGGGAGAAGUUUACUUCAUCGACCACAUCGGCCGGUCCACCAGCUGGUUUGACCCUAGAAUACCGAUGCACCUGCAACGACCCAUGGUUUCCCAGUCGCAGGCACCCCAAAUGGGGGCGUCCAACUGGCUCAACAGCCCCCUCAGCCAGGCACACAAACUGCGCAUGCAGAGUCUGGUCCAAGAGUGCGCCACUAUCAAACAACGAAAAGACGACAUUGAUGCAUUUGUGUUGCAGCAAGCGCUAAUCAUGCGGCAAAAAGCGAGUCUGGCGCUGAGCGAAGAGAGCACGGUGGCGAGCAACAUGGUUUGCGGCCCGACCGGCAUGGACCCCUUCCUCAGCAGCUUGACUGAUCACUCGCGCCAGGAGUCUGCGGACAGUGGCCUGGGAAUGGGCACUGGAUACAGCCUGCCGCAGACUCCGGACGACUUUCUCAGCAUGGAUGAGAACAUGGAGAAUAUGGACAUUAAUGAGAAUGACCCUGUCAGUCAAGAAAUGGUGUCGUUAGACGGACCAGACAUCAACUCACUCAGUGCAGAAAAUAUUGAGUCUACUGAUGAUCUUGUUCCGUCUCUACAGUUGACCGACGACAUGUCCAACGAUCUGCUGCAGUCCAUCAUCAACAACGCAGGAGGAAGGACCGACAACACGCUCACAUGGCUCUAGUCUGCUAAACGUUUGAAAGAAGUAUCAACUAGCUCUGAAAAUGUGUUUGUGUGCUCAUCGAUCCGCUGCCGAACUCGACUCCAGCCGAAAUGGUGCCUACAUACUAAAAUGAGCCGCAAAAAUGUCGUUGAUCAACGUGCCACUAUGCAAGAGUAUUGUAAUAAUAAUUAAUGCGAAGCAAGGUGUAAAGUGCAAAGGAAUGAACUGAGAAUCAAGUUGAGAGAAAGAGAAAGAGAGAGAGAGAGAUUUAUUAGCACGCAACGCGAAAGUGUAUCCGAGUUAAGAAUGGCAGUGUGUGCGUGCGCGCGCGAAUGUGAAUAAUUCAAAACUGUAUAUGCGGAAUGCUUGACGUUUUAAAUUUUUUCUGUUGCUCAAAAUCCAUCCCGUGACAGCUAACUAGAUAUUUAAGUGUUGAUAUUCUGCUCUUGACGAUUAGCGCGUACUUAAUUAAUUGUGUUUACACGCGGUGCCUUUCUGCCGCCUCCACAGAGACAAUACGUGUGGUACUAUGUACAUAUGAAGAAGAAGAAGUGCCUUCGGCUUUGGUGGCUAUAUACACCGUUUUGCUCACUCUUUUUUGACAGCGACUGCGCGUGUGUACGUAUUUUUACUAUCUCGUCGUGCUAGUUAAUUGUCCCUGGAUGGAGUGUGUAGUGUAAUUAUUAUAUAAAUCUUGUAAAAAUCCUAACCCACCUGCUCUCAACGGUGCACGAAUUCUAAAAAAUUAUUGCUCACACACAGAACCUGACACUCACUCAAUUUACACGCCAGCAAAUCAAAAGAAGGGCAGCCUCGGCUAAACAGUGCUCGUUUAGCCCCACGGCUGGCCCGGAAAAGAGUAUUUUGGAGCUACUCUUUUGUGCCUAAGUACAAAAGAAGGAACGCGCGGUUACGCAAAGAUUGGGUUUUUGCAAAUUUUUCAAAGCAAUUAAACAUAAAAUGAGUGUGCCUUCAUGCGUCCGUCCUAUUUAUUACUACGUAUAUAUGUCUUAUAAGAAUAUAAUUAUAAAUACGCUACGUUUAAGUUAGUAUAUCUGUCUCAAAACUUGUUAUUCAGAUAUUUUUGUUCGGCAGAAGCAUUUUAAAAUCGAUCGUGGAAAGAACAAAAGGUAUCAUAAUAGAGAUUGUCGGUGCGUGUACAUGCAUGAUAAAUAGGCCUGAAAGUGCAAUAUUUUUUUUGUAAAAAAGGCAAGGAGCCGGCUCGCUCCCCCGAGAAUUGAUCGACAAUCGUUUAAAUAAUAAAUACGGUCGCUGCCUGAGAACUAGAUUAAUAAUGUUAGGGGAGGCCCUUGUGCAUUGUGAGAGAUUGAUUUUGCUAACCGCCACCGUGUCGAUGGCGUCGUCCCCGUCCCUAAUGAUUAUGACUCUCUGAUGUUUGUACUAUUCUUGGUGUUGGUGCUUUAAUAUUAGCGGAAAGAAGUAAUUCACUCCUCGCGAGAGUGUGAUAACAAUUUAAUAUUUUAUAUUACGCUGGAAUUUAUUAAACGCGGAGUUGUAAGUGACUAACAAUCUCGCCUGUUGCCUGUCGCCUGUCGGGCGGGUGUGCGGCCGGGCUGCUGCUUCAUUUUUGUUCUCUCGCAUCUCGACUGCAAUAAAAUGAACGCGCAGAAUCAAACAAACCCCGUCACAGAUCAAAUUCCAACAGAAUAAAACAAUUGCCUUGAAAUAUUGUGAAUAUAAGAAACGCGAACACCUAUUUUCCGACGAAUUACACCUUUUCCCCCUGUGAAAAUGAACUUGGAAAGUGCAAAUAAUUGUAACGCAAUAAUGCAACUCCUUUUUAAAUCACUCGAUCGCAGCUUAUUAAUACAAUAUUAUGGUGACUAACAAGUUAAUAAAUGUGAGCACACACGCUCCCAAUUGACCUCGGGAGUUGCAGAAUAUCAAAAGCUGACGAUGAGUUAUUCAGCUUGAUUUGUUUAAUUUCGCAGAAGGUAGAAUCAACUAAAUGAUGUUGGAAAAGGAGAAUUGUAUUUUUUCAUUCAGUGUAAAUAAACAAAUACAAUAAAUAUCGCAA